UGAAAAGCCAACAACAAUUGUAGAUUGAGUUCUGUAGUGUGUGUAGGUUUGGCUACAGAAACGCGCACUCCACUUGCUGGCGCUGUCGGCUAAUGUAAAUUUGCUAUGAUUGUAGGUUCCCUAAUACAAAUGUUGUAUUACAAGGAUACGGUAUGACUGAAUCAACAUUGGCUGUGUUAAAGGGAACUCCUGACGGCUUACAGAAGCCAGGCAGCGUAGGCGUGGUUGCUCCCGGGAUCACUAUCAAGGUAGUGGAUGUUGAAACCAGACAACCAUUAGGCCCCAACCAGACAGGGGAACUCUGUAUUAAGGGUCCUUUAAUUAUGAAAGGCUACGUGGGAAUAGAUAACAAAGAGGUCUUCGACAGUGAGGGUUUCUUUCCUUCUGGAGAUAUUGGAUAUUAUGAUGAUGACAAAUACUUUUUCAUUGUCGAUAGACUUAAAGAGUUGAUAAAAUAUAAAGGAUUUCAGGUGGCGCCAGCAGAGUUAGAAGGAUUACUGUUAAAACACGAGGCGGUAAGAGACGCGGGCGUGGUAGGAGUGUACGAUAAAGCAGCUGGGGAAGUACCACUAGCAUUUGUCGUUACCCAACCGGACAAAAAAGUGACGGAAAAGAAACUUCAACAGUACGUCGCUGAAAGGUUGUCAAAUCCUAAACAUCUGAGAGGUGGCGUACGUUUCAUCAGCGAGAUACCAAAAAAUCCUAGCGGUAAAAUUAUAAGGAGGCAGCUAAGGAAAAUGGCGAAGGAAGUCAGAAGCAAGAUUUAAAAUACAAUAAGUAUCUUAAAAAAAUGAAGAGACGAUAUCGACUUCUUAUAUAAACCUCCUAAUAUAGUGCCGUAGGUUUUGAUCAGC